AUGUCGUGGACAUCGCGCCUUGGCAACCUGGGUCGCUUCUCGCCCUUUACGCGAUCACCGCCGCAAGGCCCAACAAAAGUCAGUGAUGCCGACUUCAGCUACAUCACCGCCGACGAUUUGCGCAAGCAUCAAGCUGAAACCAUGAACCAGCAGCAAUCCUCACAAGACACAUCAGACGACUAUGGCCCACCUCGAGAUACCGACGUUUUGGUAUUGCGCAACAAGAAGCAGGACUUCCCAGUACAUUUUCCAGCCUACAGUAUCGCCAAGGGCGAGCUCACAAUCGGACAAGUGCGAGAGCAGGCUGCAAAGAAGACCACUACAGGCGAUCCCAAGCGGAUCAAGCUGCUAUACAAGGGCAAGAAUCUGAAAGACGACGCGAAGACAUGCAAACAAGAGGGUCUGCGUGAUGGUGCCGAGCUCAUGAUAACUUUGGCCGAGAAGAUCGAGUCGCCCAGCGACAGCGAGGACGACGAUGAUGAAUUUGGCGACGAACCAUCAACCGCCGAUGGAGAUGCGAAGCGACGCCGCAACAGAGGCAAGAAGACCAAGCGUCGCAACAGACGGGAAGACCGCGAGCGCGAGACAUCUGGAACAUCGACGCCACAGCCUGCCGAACCUAAUCUGGGCGUACCAAACAGCCAGCAGCCCUCACGCAACCAGUCGCCCAAACCGCCGGUCUCGCCUGCCACACCUCUUGACAAGCUGAACGCGCUGCAUCAAAAGCUACAGAGCUUCAUCCCCGAUUGCCGAGCAUUUGAAACCUCACCACCAACCGAUCCCGCGAAGAAGACGUUCGAGCACAAGCGCUUGUCUGAGACCAUUCUGACUCAAGUGUUACUGAAGCUUGACGCCGUAGAGACUGAAGGCGACGCCGAUGCGCGAACUCGCAGGAAAGAACUCGUGAAGGAGACCCAGAAGGUCUUGCAGGAUUUGGACACUGCCAUGAAGUCAUGA